AUGGCCUGUGACGAGCCCGCUGGUCUCUCAGGCAUCUUCACGCGCCAAAACUCUGCCAGUGCUGUCUCUCUGGACUUCGAGCCUGAUGCUGACUACAAGUUUGUUGAAGUAAAAAGCGCCUACUGCCACCUUGUCCUUCGCAACCCCCACCAGACAGGAUGCGGCCACCGGUUUUGCCAGCAGUGCAUUCUGUCUUUGAGAGAGUUGAGUGCGGUACCAACCUGUCCUGUGGACAAAGAAACAAUAAAAAUGCAUGAGGUAUUCAAAGACAACUGCUGUAAAAGAGAAGUUCUCAACUUGCAUGUGUUCUGCAAAAACAUUCCUGACUGCAAUUCAAAAAUAAUUCUGGGACGAUACCAGGAGCAUCUUCAGCAGUGUUUGUUUGAAAGUGUGCAGUGCACUAAUGAUGGAUGCUGUGACCAAAUUCUGCGGAAAGACUUGAAAGAGCAUUUGAGCCAGCACUGUAAAUUUCGAGAAGAAAUGUGUCAGUACUGUAAUAAAUAUGUGGUGUUAAUCAACAUAAAGAAUCAUGAGAAAAAUGACUGUCCUGAUUAUCCUGUGCCUUGUCUCCAAAACUGUUCACAAAUAAUUCUGAAAAAGGAGAUUGGAAAGCACCACACUGUGUGUCCUGAGGCAGAAGUGGACUGCCCGUAUAAGCAGUAUGGCUGUCUCAUAAAGGUUAAAAGAGGGAAACUUGCUGAACAUGAAAACAGUGCCCUGAGGGAGCACAUGCUGCAGAUUUUAGACAAGAACUCCCGGUUGGAAGAACAGAUAUCUGACCUGUAUAAGAGCCUGGAAUGUAAAGAGAUUAAAAUCCAGCAGCUAGCAGAGGCCAUUAAAAAGUGUGAGAAAGAAUUCAGACAGUUUACACAACUGUUUGGUAAAAAUAGCAACUUGAUGGUAAGCACACAGGCUCUGGCCAGUCACCUGGAUAAGUCUGCACGCCUGGAAUCACAAGUGAAGCAGCUAAUACAGAUGGCAAACCAGCAACAAAGCAAAUUAGACUUGCGACCCCUGCUUGACACAAUUGAAAAUGUAAAACAGAAGAUUGCACUGAUGGAGACGUAUGAUCAGCGCUUGGUUGUUUUGGAAGGUCAGUCCAGCAAACACGAUCUCCAGAUCAACAUUCACAAAGCGCAGCUCAAUAAAAAUGAAGAACGAUUUAAGCUUUUGGAAGGCACAUGCUACAACGGGAAAUUAAUCUGGAAAAUCACGGACUACAAGAUGAAGAAGAAAGAGGCAGUGGAAGGCCGCGUCCUCUCCAUAUUCAGCCAGCCCUUUUACACCAGCCGCUGUGGGUACAGGUUAUGUGCGAGAGCGUACUUGAAUGGGGAUGGCUCAGGAAAGGGAACCCAUGUCUCCCUCUACUUUGUAGUGAUGAGAGGAGAGUUUGACUCGCUACUGCUCUGGCCUUUCAAGCAAAAAGUCACACUCAUGCUUUUGGACCAAAGUGGGAAAAAAAAUCACAUCGUGGAAGUCUUUAGAGCUGACCCCAAUAGCAGCAGUUUCAAAAGGCCAGAUGGAGAAAUGAAUAUUGCCUCUGGAUGUCCACGUUUUGUGCCGCACACGGUCCUGGAGAACACCAAGAACACCUACAUCAGAGAUGACACACUGUUUUUGAAAGUGGUUGUAGAUUUAACCGAUCUGGAGGAAUUGUGAAAGGUGUGCCCAAUCAAUGUGACUGCUUUAACCAUUAAGAAAUGCUUUCUUGGUGACUACCAGCCAUGCAAUAGUGAGUUGCCACUAGUCAAGCUACUGAUAAUGUUUUGAGGCUUUUGGUCGGCAUAUCAGAUAAUGAAUUGCCAAAGCACCAGCCUUUCCUUUUGUAACCUAUUUUUCAAGACUGCGUUUUUAAGGCAGCUAGAAGUCCAG